AUGCCGAAGUGGCGGCGGCCGACGUGUUUGGCGACCGAGAAGAUAACCAGUUUGCUGCGUGAAGAUGUGGAGUUGCUAAGAGGAGUCCAUGAAGAAGUUGAAGAUAUCGAGAUCGAACUCGAGUUCAUUACAUGUUUCUUAAAAGAAGCAGAUGCAAUGGCAGCUAGAGAUCCGGGAUCUGGCAAUAUCGUCGUGGCUCGCCGUGAUCCUCGAGUUGGUAUGCAGUUUGUCCAUGACAAUGAGCUUGUCGGAAUAGAUUCACCGAGAAAUGAGUUGGUCCAUCGGUUGAUAUCCGGACCAUCCGUUCGCACCGUCGUUUCACUGGGCGGGAUCGGCAAGACGACACUUGCCAGGAAAGUUUAUGAAAACAAGACCGUGGUACAACAAUUUGAUUGCCAUGCUUGGGUCACAGUGUCUCAAUCAUUCCAUGCGGAAGAGCUGUUGAGGACCCUGUUGAGAUGCUUUUACGAGGCGAGGAAAGAGUCGCCUCCCGAUUCAAUCGGCCGGAUCGACGAAGAGGAGUUCAUCGGCAAAUCCAGAGAAUAUUUACAUGACAAGAGGUAUAUUGCUGUCUUUGAUGAUGCGUGGAACCAAGAUUUCUGGCAUAGUAUAGAACAUGUUCUGUUAGAUAACAACAAAGGUUGUAGGAUCAUCAUCACAACAAGAAAUGCAAAAGUUGCAGAAUUUUGUAAAAAGUCUUCACUCAUUCACGUCCAUAAUUUGAGACCCCUGCCUUUGGAAUUGGCCCGAGAGCUAUUACAUCGAACGGCCUUCCGGUUCGAUCCCGAAAAGCAGUGUCCCCCGGAAUCGAAGGACUUAUCUUUGGACAUUGUAAGAAGAUGUCAAGGGUUGCCACUUGCCACUGUGGACAUAGGAGGCCUUUUAUCAACCAAAGGCAAAGAUGUUGUGCAGUGGAAGAGUCUGCAUAAUCGGUUCAGCGCCGAGUUCAACGGCAACCCUCAUCUUACAGACAUCAAAAAGAUACUUUCAUUCAGUUACCAUGAUCUGCCUCACUAUCUCAAAUCAUGUUUCUUGUCUUUAGGCAUGUUCCCAGAAGAUUAUUCGAUCCGUUGCGGGAGAUUGUUCCGGUUGUGGGUUGCAGAAGGCUUUGUGAAACAAAAAACAAGAUAUAAAUUAUAA